GGAAAACUAUUUUAGGAACCUAUCUUGUGUUAUGAAAAAUAAGCUUUCUCUACAAAGGGGUUCAAUUUCAUAAGACGAAGAAACCUUCCCAACGCAACCUCCAUUUUUUUCCAUUCGAAAUCCCUGCUUUUGUUCUUCUUUGUUGAAGGAUCAUAAACUGAAAUCUCACUUUCUUCUGGGAUCAUUAUUCGAUUCAAAAUGAGUCCGCACCCGUUGCAGAAGACGAUGUCCCGCGCGAGAUCCAGUCGGAUUGUACUGCCUCCGGUUCAAGAGCAUAUUAUGAAAAUAGAUGACGUUAUCGACGACGGUGACUACUACGGGGCUCAACAAAUGUAUAAAUCUGUCAGUUCAAGAUAUGUGGCUGCAGAAAAGUACUCUGAAGCCUUGGAAAUUCUUCUGUCAGGGGCUUGCUCCCAGUUGAAACAUGAGCAGGUUACAUGUGGAGCAGAGCUUGCUGUGUUAUUCGUGGAGACGCUUGUUAAAGGGAAAGUUCCUUGUGAUGAUAAUACACUUGGUCGUGUCAGGAAAAUUUACAAGAAUUUCCCUCAGAUUCCUUUGCCUCAACAAUUGGGGGAAGAUGAUGAUGUGCAACAGCUUUCUGAAGCACUUGGUGCCGCUAAAACUCGUGUAGAAGGAUGUUCUUCCUUUCUGAAAGCAGCUUUAAAGUGGUCUAUGGAGUUUGGAUCGCAUAGGAGUGGAUCUCCAGAAAUUCAUAUCAUGCUUGCUACAUAUGUAUAUUCUGAGUCACCAGAAGUGGACAUGACCAGAGUAUCAUAUCAUUUUGUUCGAGGAAAUAAUCCCGAGAUGUUUGCUUCUAUAUUAGUGAAUUUUGUGGGCAAGUGUUAUCCAGGUGAAGAUGAUAUGGCUAUUGCACGGGCUGUUUUGAUGUACUUGUCUCUUGGUAAUCUAAGGGAUGCUAAUCGUUUAAUUGAUGAGUUAAAGAAGCACGAAGAACGUGACGAACUUGAGUUCCCUGAUUCAGAAUUGAUUGAGUUUAUCAUAUAUCUAUUGCUGACGUUGCAAAGAGAUGCUUUGCCUCUUUUCAAUAUGCUGAGGGCGAAUUACAAGCCAAGUAUUGAGAGAGAACCUGCCCUAAAUGAGUUUCUUGAUGAAAUUGCAGAGAAGUUCUAUGGAGUACGGCGCAGAAAUCCCUUGCAAGGGAUCUUCGGAGAUUUCUUGAAGAUGAUGGGCUGAUUGAUGAACGGCGGAUAGUGAGGUGGUACCAGUCAGCUUCCUGCUACUGUUGUUGACUUGGGCAGUUUAUUGGAGAAGCACAUGUUUUGGACUUGUAUCUAAGUACACUUAUUGCUGCGUAAGUGACCUUUUUUUUCCCUUAAACAUUACAGAUAUAUCUCUCUCGUGGAGCAGGUAAUUUGGUUUGGCUGGAUUUUGGGAGUAAUUUCUUACGGCUUGAGUUUAUUUCUAGAAACAACGUUUUGGAUUAUAUUCAUAUUAUAUACUAAUAAACGUGAGAAUUUUGGUCAUAUUUA